CUGUGGCUAUCAGGGAGUGUAUAUAAAAAAAAGAUAAAUAGAAAUUAUAACCUGUCAUAUGCACAUGUGAUGAUAAUAUAAAUAAAUAAAUAGUUUUUAACCUUUUUCAUAAAUUAAUAAAUUUUAAUAAUAUUUUGUAAUUACAAAAUGGGAAAAACAUCAAAAGACAAGAGAGAUAUUUAUUAUAGAAAAGCUAAAGAGGAGGGUUGGAGAGCAAGAAGUGCAUUUAAAUUACUCCAAAUUGACAGCGAAUUUAAUAUUUUUGAUGGUGUUACAAAGGCAGUUGAUUUAUGUGCAGCACCAGGGAGUUGGAGCCAAGUUUUAACCCGAAAAUUAAACGAAAGUUAUAAAUUAAAAAACGAAGAAUUAAAAUCUGGGACUUGGUCUUCAAGCGAUGACGAAGUAAAUGAGCCACCAAAAAUAAUAGCCGUCGAUUUACAAGCAAUGGCACCCUUGGACGGCGUGGUGCAAAUACAAGGUGAUAUUACUAAAAUAUCUACUGCUGAAAAAAUAAUAGCUUAUUUUGAAAAUUCUAAAGCUGAUUUAGUUGUUUGCGAUGGAGCGCCUGAUGUAACCGGAUUGCAUGACAUGGACAUUUACAUUCAAUCGCAAUUACUUUUGGCAGCUUUAAACAUAACAACACACGUUAUACGACCGGGUGGUACUUUUGUUGCUAAAAUAUUCCGAGCCAGAGAAAGCUCGUUGCUAUAUUCACAGUUGAAAGUAUUUUUCAAAUAUGUCUCUUGCGCAAAACCGAGUAGCUCACGAAAUUCGAGUAUCGAAGCGUUCGUCGUUUGCAAAGAUUAUUCACCACCUGAUAAUUACAUUCCACAUAUGUUAAACCCACUGUUAACUCACGAGCCAUUAAACUAUGAUGAGUUGACUGGUAUCAACAAAUAUGUUGCUCCAUUUGUUGUAUGUGGAGAUUUAACACAGCCUGAUUCUGAUUCGUGCUAUCCUCUUUCAUUGAGUGGCGAAGAAUAUGUAUAUAAAAGUCCAAUCCAGGAACCCAUCGAGGCACCUUACAAAGAAGCUAUCCAAAAAGAAUUUAAUUCAAACAACAAAAAAUCGAUUAAAGCAGAACCAUCUGCAUCUGAAAUUUUUUACGAUGAUGAUUUAUCAAUUGAAGACUUCAAAAAAAGUUCCUUUGAAUUUCAGAAAAAUAAAGAAGCAGCAGCAGGAAAUUCCCAAAUAAAAAAAACUGACAUCCAUGAAGAUUUUGUAAAUUUACAAUUAAAUUAA